GUUCUGGAUGAGGAACUUAUCAACAAACAUAUGUUAACGAUAGUUGAGAUGGAGAAUAGUGGUGUUGUACACAUGCUCAACAAUGAUCGCGUUCAGGAUUUACGCCGACUUUAUAUGUUAUUGAAGCGAAUGACAAAAGGCCUCCCAACAAUGACUGAUUGCAUUAGCAGAUAUCUUCGCCGAAAAGGUGAACAACUGGUGAGCGAAGGAGGUGAGGGUGAAGCAAGCCUGCCCAAGAAUCCUAUUUCUUAUAUACAAGCACUACUCGAUCUCAAGGAUCAAUUUGAUCAUUUUUUAUUGGAUGCUUUUGAGAACGACAAAACUUUCAAGCAAAAAAUACAAAGUGAUUUUGAAUAUUUUCUGAAUUUGAAUCCAAGAAGUCCCGAGUACCUCUCACUGUACAUGGAUGAUAAACUGAAGAAAGGAAUGAAACUGGUAUUUCAUCCGCCCUAA